AUGGACUUGCACUCGGACGAUGGCAUUCUCGGCUACAACGAUGGUGACAUCGAAUUGGAUUUAGAGCCUCCCCCUUCAUAUGGCCCGGAUGAUGAUGUCUCUAUCGGCGAUGCUGCCUCGGCGAAUGGAAUGGAUGCCCAGACUGCACCCGGCGGUGACAAUGAUGAUUACAUGGUCGACCAGGAGGAUGUCAUCGAAGAGGACUAUAGUUACCAAGAUCAAGACGUCGAUGUGGAUGUGGAUGUUGACGUCGACGUCGACGCCGACGCCGAACAGCCCGCUGCAACCGACACCAUCGCGACUCAGGCGGAAGCCGAAGUUCAAGAUGAAGACCUGCUUGACUAUUCUGAAGAGGACGAUGAUUAUCACGACACAGCGCUUCGUUCACCCUGGUUACAGCAACAUGAUUCUAUGCAAGAUGAACCGGGUCCGCAAAACGAACCGUCACAGGCGCAGGACGCACCAGUCCAACAAGACGAAAUACCUGCUGAUUUACAAGCUCUAAUGUCCACGAACACAAGCAAAAACCCACAGAGCCCACAUGCGCACCCUGACGUCGUUGCUGAUGGGAGCACGAAAGGCAAUAACAAUGAGAAUUCACCCCGUGCUCGGUCAGCUGAUCCCAAUGAAGAAGAUGCUCAGACUAAUGGUGACGAUGGUGGCAUUACGCUCAAAGACCAAGAAGAGCACUCAAGUGCCGAAAGUGGCCACAAUCACAUGGAACCUCCGAGCCAUGGUCAUGAUGAAUCUGCUCAAGUCGAUGAACAUGAGGAAGAUACCUCUUUUCAGCAACUACCACCUGUCACUGUGAAUUGUAUGGGCGAAGAGCUAUGGCUUUUCAAGCAGCAUGACUAUGAAAACAGUGGGGAUUGGCUCCUUGCUGAUGUGUCAGUGGCCAAAACGAGCAUGUCAGAUCUCUUCCAAACGUGUCGUUCAGCAUUGGGCCACGAGGUGCUGAAUGGAAUGGAGAUUGGCUUCCGCUUUGAUCACUUUCAAAAUAUGGAGUUGUUUGAGGAGAACACGGCUUGCGUAGCCAUCUCUCUCGAACGCCUCGUGGGCUAUUACCAUGCGCUCCACGAACAAGAU